UUAUGUUUUGUAUAUAUACGGGGCUUGACUCCACAAAAUCGAUAUAGAAAAUAAUUCUUCUUCAUGGUAUCAGAGCCUCUUUCCUAAACCCUAAAUUUUUUUUCCUCCUUCUCUCUCGUGCGUUGCUUUCUGCCGCACCACCAACCACAACGCCGCCAGCAAUAAUUCUUCUGCCUCCAGCGCCGGUGUGUCCUCUCCCUAUCAAGCGCGCAUCUACCAGCGCUCUUCUCUCCCCUGUGCCGCCUCUCCAUAGCAACUGCCCUCCCAGCGUCCAUCUCCAGUCGCUGCCAUGUCUGAGAAAGAAGCAGGCUCUGGAAAACUUCCCUCCUCCGCCUCCACUCCUCAUUUGGCAUUCACAACAAUUUCUAACGUCAAGCUUCAUGUCCCGGUGCUUUUGAUUUUCACGGAACCGAACUACAAAAAGUGGAGUCGCCUAUUUCUCCUCUUGGUACGUCGCUUCUCUCUCGGCGACUUCCUCACCGGAAAAUCAGCCCCGUCCGGUGCCGACGAUGCUGAUUGGUAUCAACUUGACGCACUCCUCCAAGGAUGGAUCCUCUCUACUAUCAACGAUGAAGUCUCCGAUCUCGUGAUCUCCUCCACCGACUCCGCCGCGGAACUUUGGUGCUCCAUUCACUCCCUUUUCCAUGAUAACAAACCCGCCCGAGCCAUGCAGUUGGAACAUCAAUUUCGAACUACGAGGAAAGGUUCGCUGUCCAUCUCGGCCUAUUGUCAAACUCUCAAGAACAUAGCCGAUUGGUUGGACGACGUAGAUGCCCCCGUCUCGGAACAACAACUUGUGUUACAAGUACUUCAGGGGCAGCCGGAUGACAUGCGGGGCCAAACAUCUUUCCUGCAGUUUCAAAACCUGCCACUGACGUUUCUUCAAACCCGCUCGGCCCUCCUUCUUUUGGAACGCCAGGGAGCAGACCUGGAUGCCGAUCCUCCCACCGGUACGGCCCUUCUCUCGGCCAGCAACCAUGGUGCCAUCCACCACAAUUCCGCUGGCGGAGGUCGCGGGUCCCGCAGUAGCAGUCACGGUCAGCAUCCACACAGCAGCGGCAAUGGUCGUGGCCGUGGCAGUCAUCGCAACCGCGGUCGAGGGCUACCUUCUCUCCUCUUCUCCGAUUUCAAGCACAGUCUCGGCAUUCGCCCUUCGCCAGUCACGUAGUUGGCAGCAUGUUAAAUAUAUUGUAUAUUUAAUAUCUUUACAUAUAUUUGGUAGUUUCCUUUGUAUAGGGUUUCCUUGUUUAUAAUCCUACCAUAGUUAGGAGACUUAUGUUUUGUAUAUAUACGGGGCUUGACUCCACAAAAUCGAUAUAGAAAAUAAUUCUUCUUCAUUUAAGUAAACAAAUUCCUUAGGU